GGGGCCUCCCGGGAGGAGAGAGGGCUUUGCGUUGAAACCCAGGACGCCAAGAGUGCUCCCGCAAGUGGGGGUCCUCUGGGACUUGGAACGACCCGGCUGGGCGGUGUCCGGGCGUCCUUUCCCCGCUUCUUCCCACGUCGGCUGGUCCCGUUUCCUCUUGCACCCAGUGCGGACUUGUCUCGGCGCCCGCUGCCCUCUCACCGCCCCACUCGGGAUCCCGGCCUGGUCACCGGGCAGUGUGAUGCUUCCCGAUUGCCGCGGGGACAGCGAGGCACAGACAGAACUUGGGCCGCGCCGGAGGCCACACGGCCUGGCUGAGUUGCUCCUGGUCUCCCGCCUCUCCCAGGCGACCCGGAGGUAGCAUUUCCCAGGAGGCACGGUCCCCCGCAGGGGGAUGGGCGCAGCCACGCCAGAUGGACGAGAAGACCAAGAAAGCUCCUGAAAAUAAAACCCUGUGCUAACUGGCUCCUGCUGUACUGGCUUUCAGCAGAGGAAAUGGCCCUGAGCCUCACCCGAGCAGUGGCGGGCGGGGAUGAACAGGUGGCAAUGAAGUGUGCCAUCUGGCUGGCAGAGCAACGGGUGCCCCUGAAUGUGCAACUGAAGCCUGAGGUCUCCCCAACGCAGGACAUCAGGCUGUGGGUGAGCGUCGAGGAUGCUCAGAUGCACACCGUCACCAUCUGGCUCACAGUGCGCCCUGAUAUGACAGUGGCAUCCCUCAAAGACAUGGUUUUUCUGGACUAUGGCUUCCCACCAGUCUUGCAGCAGUGGGUGAUUGGGCAGCGGCUGGCACGAGACCAGGAGACCCUGCACUCCCAUGGGGUACGGCAGAAUGGGGACAGUGCCUACCUCUAUCUGCUGUCAGCCCGCAACACCUCCCUCAACCCUCAGGAGCUGCAGCGAGAGCGGCAGCUGCGGAUGCUGGAAGAUCUGGGCUUCAAGGACCUCACGCUGCAGCCACGGGGCCCUCUGGAACCAGGCCCCCCAAAGCCCAGGGUCCCCCAGGAACCCAGACGGGGGCAGCCAGAUGCAGUGCCCGAGCCCCCACCGGUGGGCUGGCAGUGCCCCGGGUGCACCUUCAUCAACAAGCCCACGCGGCCUGGCUGUGAGAUGUGCUGCCGGGCACGCCCAGAGGCCUACCAGGUCCCCGCCUCAUACCAGCCCGAUGAGGAGGAGCGAGCGCGCCUGGCAGGCGAGGAGGAGGCGCUGCGUCAGUACCAGCAGCGGAAGCAGCAGCAGCAGGAGGGGAACUACCUGCAGCACGUCCAGCUGGACCAGAGGAGCCUGGUGCUGAACACCGAGCCCGCCGAGUGCCCCGUGUGCUACUCGGUGCUGGCGCCCGGCGAGGCCGUGGUGCUGCGUGAGUGUCUGCACACCUUCUGCAGGGAGUGCCUGCAGGGCACCAUCCGCAACAGCCAGGAGGCGGAGGUCUCCUGCCCCUUCAUUGACAACACCUACUCAUGCUCGGGCAAGCUGCUGGAGAGGGAAAUCAAGGCGCUCCUGACCCCUGAGGAUUACCAGCGAUUUCUAGACCUGGGCGUCUCCAUUGCUGAAAACCGCAGUGCCUUCAGCUACCAUUGCAAGACCCCAGAUUGCAAGGGAUGGUGUUUCUUUGAGGAUGAUGUCAACGAGUUCACCUGCCCUGUGUGUUUCCAUGUCAACUGCCUGCUCUGCAAGGCCAUCCACGAGCAGAUGAACUGCAAGGAGUACCAGGAGGACCUGGCCCUGCGGGCUCAGAAUGAUGUGGCGGCCUGGCAGACGACAGAGAUGCUGAAGGUGAUGCUGCAGCAGGGCGAGGCCAUGCGCUGCCCCCAGUGCCAGAUCGUGGUACAGAAGAAGGACGGCUGCGACUGGAUCCGCUGCACCGUCUGCCACACUGAGAUCUGCUGGGUCACCAAGGGCCCACGCUGGGGCCCCGGGGGCCCAGGAGACAUCAGCGGGGGCUGCCGCUGCCGGGUGAAUGGGAUUCCUUGCCACCCAAGCUGUCAGAACUGCCACUGAGCAAGUGGUGGGACCCCAUGCUGACACAGCCCCACAUCCACAUUCUGUUACGGGGCAGGGCUGGGCUUGGGGCUUUUGCUCCAACUUCUGGCUGGGAGAUGCUUUUGUGCCGAGACCAAGUCCCUGAGCUUUGUGGACGGCAUUGCUUGCUGUAGCGUUGUAGGGGCCCUGCCUGCACUGCUGUUGUCUGUGGUCACAUCUGCCCCAGUGCGUUUGUCCUUCCCUUGGGGCUUGCCAGCCAAACUUCUCUCCCCUGCAGCUCCCACCUCUGCCUGACCCCAGCCUUAAACACAGCCCCUGGCCAGAGGCCUUGCUGGGUGGAGCCUCUGUGUGACUCCAUACUCCGCCCACCACAACACUCAUCUUUCGAAUACCAAGCACUCUGAGCCUCCCUGCCUUCCCCUGUCAGCUUUCUGGGGCUAACUGUUCUCUGCCUUUGUGGUUGGAGGCCCGGGGCCGCUUAGAAUUCUUGCUAACCUGUUCAGAGCCAGGAAGGAGACUGGACAGUUUUGAAAGCACAGUCCCUCAGGUCCAAUUCUGCGUCUCCCUCUCUGCAGCGUGUGUAAGCUAUUAUAAUUAAAAUGGUUUUUCGGGAAA